AAUGCGGUGUGCGACCUUCACCGGAUGGGACUGGUUUUUUCGGUGAAUAAAUGGGUGGAGAAGUAGGUGGAUGGACGAUUAUUGUUCCUGCUUCGCUGGGAUGCCUUUUGUCCUUGGCUUCUGACCGUGUAUCUCGUCUCCCUUUUCGCCGCGUCGUCUCGCUCGCCUUGCGACCUAGAAUCGCUUCACCUUGGCUCGCCCGGUCUCGCCUCUUCUCCGUUCAAACUACUAGAUCGUCUAGUACGUUGAUGGAGGCUGUUAAAGCAAUUCUUGCUCAUGUCUCUACAACCGAAGAACGUGUUGCUAUAAGGGCUGAGCAGAAAAACUAUACCCAUGUUCAACUCAUUGAUUCUGCUUUAAACAUCUCAGACUUAUUGCUUGGCGCAGGCACCAUAAAUGCAAAAGAAGAGUGCGCAAAAUCAAUUGGAUUUGUUAAUGGUCCAAGGGAUCUUAAUGGUGGCCGGGUGGGGAUUGUGGCUAAACCUUCUGCUGAAUUUGUUGCAGCAAUCUUUGGUACAUGGCUUAGUGGAGGAGUGGCAGUUCCUCUUGCACUCAGCUAUCCGGAAUCAGAGCUUUUGCAUGUCAUGAAUGAUUCAGACAUAUCAAUGAUAUUGAGCACUCAAGACCAUCAAGGAAUCAUGGAGAAUGUGGCUGCUAAAUGCUCUGCUAAACUUUCUCUACUUCCAACACUUGCCAGUAUGUCAUCAAGAGAUAUUUUGAAUAAAUAUUCAGGGGAAACGGCUGCUAAUUUGGUUGCUGACUUGAUCAGGAAAAUUGAGGAUUCAAGCUUGCUGAAAGGAGAUGAUCCUGCUUUGAUUCUUUAUACAAGUGGUACAACUGGUAAACCUAAAGGUGUUGCCCACACUCACAACAACAUAAUUUCUCAAGUCCAAAUUCUGACUGAAGCUUGGGAGUAUACAUGCCAUGAUCACUUUCUGCAUUGUCUGCCAUUACACCAUGUGCACGGUCUCUUCAAUGCUUUAUUUGCACCUCUUUAUGCAGGAUCAGUGGUUGAGUUCAUGCCAAAAUUUAGUGUCCGAGGUGUGUGGCAAAGAUGGUGUGAUUCAUACCCUAAAGAUGGAAACACAGCAGAAGAUGCAAUUACUGUCUUUACAGGGGUUCCAACUAUGUAUACCAGGCUACUGCAAGGAUAUAAAACUAUGGAUCCUAAUCAACAAGAGGCAGUUGCUUCUGCGGCUAAACAACUGCGUCUAAUGAUGUGCGGUUCUUCGGCUCUUCCAUAUCCUGUUAUGAAACAAUGGGAAGAUAUUACAGGUCAUCGUCUACUAGAACGCUACGGAAUGACUGAGUUUGUUAUGGCACUAUCCAAUCCUUUGCAUGGUGCACGAAAGGCAGGCACUGUUGGGAAACCCCUUCCUCGAGUUGAGGUCAAGAUUCUUGCAGAAGAUGGUCGUCCUGUUGGUGCAAAGGGAGUGGGAGAGCUUUGUGUAAGAAGCCCCUCUAUGUUCAAGGAAUACUGGAAAAAACCUGAGGCAACGAAGGAUUCAUUUAUUGAUGAUGGAUUCUUCAAAACUGGAGAUACAGUCAGAGUGGAUGAAGAUGGAUAUUACAUAAUUUUAGGACGUACUAAUGCUGAUAUUAUGAAAGUUGGUGGUUACAAGUUAUCAGCACUAGAGAUUGAAGCGGUUCUCUUGGAGCAUGGGGCUGUGUUAGAAUGUUGUGUUUUGGGCUUACCUGAUGAGGAUUACGGGGAAGUUGUGAGUGCAGUAAUUGUGCCGCACACAGAUGCAAAGAGAAGCACAGAGCAAGAACUAGAGCCAAUUAUUACACUAGAAGAUCUACGUAAUUGGGCCAAGGAGAAACUAGCUCCAUAUAAGCUACCAACAAAGCUGUUCUUAUGGGAUUCUCUUCCUCGAAAUGCCAUGGGAAAGGUAAACAAGAAAGAGAUAAGGAAAUUACUAGAACAAGAACCAUGAUCAGACUGACUAAUUUAGGGCUGUUGAUGCUGGAGUAUACACAAGUAUAAUCAAGAAGAUUCUCGCUUGCUCCAUCAAAUUAUCUAGCUACCCAGGGAGUCCUUUUCUUAAAUAAAUCUCGUUAAGAGUGAACCAUCUAUUCUUGUAUAUUUAUGGUUGGCAUCCAGGAAAGCAUCUGUAUCCUCCAAGUUUCUUUAUGCCACCAGGAAUAUUAAAAAAAAAUAAAAAACAUAUCAUAUUUGUGUAUUUGUGUUCUCCAAAAGAUUGCUUAAUUUCCAUGUAAUCUGCAUCAACAAUUGGAAUUGGAACUUUUUUCUGGGCAA